AUGAUUGCAUCUUCGCGCACUCCUAGUAUAUCGUCCUCCCCUGAGUACUUGGCGUUGACGCCUAAGGAAAAAGUACCGGAAAGUGAUACGUCUUUGUCCGACAUCGAAGAGGUGACAUUCCAGGGGCACCUGAAACCUGUUCUCCAUUCCAAGAUACCCGAGCUGUUUUCUCAGAAUAUUUGCGCAAAGAUCAUUCGCACUGCAUCGAGGGGCUUAGAGAAUCCGCAAGUUUUCAAUAAAGCCACGGGGGAGAUCCUCGGAUUUCCAGAAACUGUCCCCCAGGAUGGACCCAACGCAGGCCAGUACGAGUUUCGCGAUCCUGAUUUCUGGACAUGUGGCUUCUUUCCUGGGUCUCUGUUCGCGGUACUUGAACGAUCGAUCAAGCAUCCACAUCUGAUGUCACUCCAGACAUCUGUCUCCUAUUCUGAGGUUGACAAGGUCCGCAGCAAACUUCGUUCUCUAUCCAAAUUAUGGUCCACUCCCGUUCACGACAUGGCUUUUCGAAAAGAUACGCACGAUAUUGGAUUCAUCGUGAUGCCGGCGUUGAAGCGAGAGUGGGAACUUACAGGGGACGAAAAGAGCCUUCAGUCAAUAGUGCAAGCUGCCCGAAGUCUGGCUACCCGAUACGUGCCAUCUGCGGGUGCUAUUCGCAGUUGGGACUGCUUGAUCAAGAAAGAGAUCACAGUCACCGACAUGAGUGAUAAUUUAUUAGUCAUCGUUGACAGCCUAUGCAACCUCGAUUUGUUGUAUUACGCCUCUGCGCAUACCGGAAACAAUACGCUGGCCGAAAUGGCGACAGCGCAUGCACACACCCUAUUACACACCCACCUUCGUCCCGAGGCCGUGAAAGGAAGAGGUUACAAAGGGCAACUGUACUCAACAUGUCAUGUAUCCAAUCUUGAACCCUCUUCUGGGGCGUUGAAGUGGCGAUGGACAGCACAGGGUUAUAACAAUCAGUCGACCUGGGCCCGUGGACAGGCGUGGGCCAUCCUUGGCUACGCGCAGACGUACAUGUGGACUAAAGAUGCCACAUUUCUGGAGGCAGCCUGCGGAGCUGCGGAGUAUUUCCUUCACCGACUGGAAGCGGCGCCCUCCUGUGUGGAGAUCGAAAACGACAGACUUCUCAACGGCGAACCAGCGCAGAGAAAAGGUCGAAACGUUCCACUCUGGGAUUUCGAUGCUCCAGUGGAUGUCGUGGGUCCGCUGCGAGACUCGUCGGCAGGUGUUAUUGCUGCGAAUGGCUUGCUCAUUCUAUCCCAGGCACUCACGAGUGUCAACCAAGACGCUCUUGCUCGACAUUUUCUGGACGCAGCCAUUAAUAUCGUCCGCGACACGAUCGAUCUUUCGUUAGCCCCUGAAACGGUGCACUUUGUUUGCGACAACAACGAGUUCGGUGUUGAAGAUUGCAGUCAAGACUCCACCUUCGAAGGAAUACUGAAACAUGGCACAGCAAAUAACAACGAAAAUGCGCGACGACGGUACCAGAACCACGGCUUGGUAUACGGGGACUAUUAUCUGAUAGAAUUCGGCAACCGGCUACUUGACAUGGGAUUCGUAUAG